UAGAAAUGCCAAAAAAAAAAACAUAAAAAAUAUAUUUAAAAAGAAAAUAUUAAAUAAUUGAGAUUUUACCUAUUUUUCAUUAAAUUGUGGUAAGACAGUCUCGAUUUUGGUAAGUUAAACGAAAAUCGAAGAUAUAUUAUGAAAAUUAUACCCAAUCUUUGUAAAGAGAAAUAAAACUUCAAAUCUGGCAGCUUUGGUCAGAAUAUUUUUAAUUCGCUCUUUGAUUUUUAUUAUUAAAAGCGUUAAUACAAUCUUCCUAAAGAAUUUGCGGUUAAUAUUGUUUAUAUUUAAAAUAUAAACAGUUUAAUACAGUUUUUUUUUUUUUUAAAUGUCUCAUUUAGUUUACAAACUUCAAGUAAUUUACAAGAAAAUUUUAAUUUGCUUUAUCCAGCGCAAUGACCGAUUUACCACAUAGAAAUAAAUAUAAAUCCUUUAAGGAAUAUGCAAAGCAUGAUAUUCCACCAAUAGCCGAACUAAUAAAAACCGAGGAGACCUAUAUAGAAACAUUGGAAAAUGUUGUCUAUGGUUAUAUGGCUGAGUUUUUUAAAGAAAAUAGUGAAAUUCCUGCACCAGAUGAUCUAAAGGAUCAUGAUUGUCAAUUGAUUUUUGGCAAUAUAAAGGAAAUCUAUGAGUGGCACAAACGACACUUCUCAGAAGAAUUGAAAAAAAAUCAACAUUGCGUCCGCAGCUUAAGUAAUGUUUUUAUUGAAAAUGAACAUCAGUUUCACAUGUAUGCAAAGUACAUUAAUAAUAAGCCAAUAUCAGAAUAUAUAAUUAAGAACAAUAUUCAGUACUUUGAUAAAGUCAAAACUUUAUUGAAUCACAAGCUUACGAUUGAAUCAUAUAUGAUAGAACCAAUGCAAAGAGUGGUUCGCUAUAAAAUACUUUUGACUGAAAUUUUAAAACAUCUUAAAAAGAACAAAAUGGAGGAGGAUUUAGACAGUUUACAUGAAGCCUUAACUGUGAUAGAAAAAUCUUGCAAUGAAGCCGAUGAAUUCAUGAUACUUAAUGGUAUACAGAAUUUCGACGGUAUUAUAUCGGAUCAAGGAAAACUUUUACAUCGUGGUUAUUUACUGUGCAAUUAUGAUGGUAAAAAACGUAAAUCAUACGUUUUUUUAUUUAAGCGCCUUAUUUUAUUUACGAAAAAACCAGAAACUAAAGGAAAUCGAAGAUAUUCAAUUGACACGUAUAAUACUUGUCUUCAAAUACCGAUGAAUAAGCUGGAACUUAAAGAGUUGACAAAUAGUAAAUUUUUUCUUCAAUUAAUGGAUCCAAAUGUUCCCAAUUGUAAAGUUAUUUGUGAGGGAGAAACAAAGGAGGAAUAUAAAGAAUGGUUACAGGCGAUCAAAAAACAAUUGUCUUUACAAAAGAAUUUAAUUCAUGACUUAGUGCAUCCAACUGCUGAAGAUGAAGACGAAAGAGAAGUCCUGUAAUAGAAGCAAUUUACAAUAUUCUUG